GUGUAGGCGAAAUCGCGCAGUAUAUGUACAUGAGAGUCAAAGUCAAAAUAUAUUUCAAGUUGUGCGCAAUAUAUAGUCAAUUAUAAUCAUAAUAAUUUGAUCGACGUAUAAAAUCUUUCAAUAAUCGAAUAUAAUUGGAGGAAUUGGAAACGUGAAGUAAAUACUGAACUAUAAUUUUAAACAAAGUCUAUCGAUGCCAAUACCUGAGGAAAAUAUGGGAAAAUUAUACAUCUUUUGUAAAUAAUCUACUAAAAAAUUAUAAAAACCAAACAAAAUUAUAAUAGUAAAUUGCAAAAAUGUCAAACAAUACAUUGAUAUGUCGUUUGUGUGGCAUUAAACAUGAACUCAUAAAUUCAAAAUAUAUCUUUGAUGAAACGACUAAUUUAGCGCAGAAAAUAAAUGACACAUUACCAAUCAGGAUUUCACAGGAUGAUCGUUCCAAAAAUAUAUGUUUGGAUUGCUAAAAAGUUACCACUCAUUAUGAUUUUAUUCAAAAUGUCUUGCAAUGCUCGAAGGAAAACGUCAAUAUGGCAAAAAAUAAUUCUUUGUUUGAACUCAAUAAAAAUGAAAGAAUGGAAAUUGAGACAAUUUCCAAACUAUAUAAUGACAUGAUAUAUACAUGCCCAAAUUGCAAUGUAGAUUUAAUGAUCCUAGUAAAGAGCAAUCCUGAUGAUUGUAAUUAUGCAUUUCAAAUUUCAUUGGCCAUAGUAAAUCAAAUGGAAAAAUUAAUGGAAAGAAAUAUCGAAACCUGUGAAGAGACAAUAGAACUUAAUACUUGCAUUAAACCAUCAAAUACAGAAGAAUUGCAAGAAUCGUCAUUGAAUCAUAGCAUUGUCAUUGAUGUGUUGAAUAAUGAGAAACAAAACAUCAAUAAAACAAAUGAAAACAUACCAACAUUACAAGAAGAUAUAAAUCAUAUUGACACUGACAUUACACAUCAAAAGAAUAAUGUAUCGCAACGAUUAACCAGAGGUACAAAGAGAAAACUUAAGGAAAAUAUUUCUUGCGAAAUAGCUACUAAAUCACAAAAACUAGAAACGAAGUUAGAUGCAACAAAUACCGAUAUAUUAAACAAUGAUUAUGUAGCUGUAAAUAACUUCAUAAAAUGCGAGACUCUAAAUGAUGGAAUAGAUGAACGCGUGGAAUGGAUUAGCAAUGAAAUAAACUUCAAAGAAGAAAAUAGUACAAUGUACUUGACAGAAACUGAAGGAGAAUACAUUAAUGAAAAUGGUACAAAAUACGACGAUAUCGACAGUAAGAGUUGUCCAAAAAUUGUAUGUGAUUUAUGUGGAGCUCGUUAUCUUUCACAAUUAAAAUACGAAUUUCACAUGGAAAGACACAAGUCAGAUAAAAUGGAUAAAUAUGUUUGCACUGUAUGUGACAAAGAAGCUAGCAACGAGAACUUAUUGUGGGAUCACUAUUUCCACACACACAAAAGUUCGAAACGAUAUGCUUGCAUACAAUGCGGCAAGUUAUUCACGAAGAAACCUAGAUUAACUGGCCAUCAAAAGAGACAUAAACACUUUGGAAUCAAGGAGAUACAUUUUGAGAUGGGCGCGGAUGAAGUAACUGUCAAUCAAGCAAAGAAAGCUAUUGCAGUCGAAAUACAGGAGCGAGUUGCUGUAAAUUGUAGUCUCUGUGGAAAAUUAAUAACAGAUUUAGAUCCGGAUGGAAUUAACGAUUUGGCGACAUGUGCAGCCUGCGAGGACUCUACUUUAUCGUUAAUGGUUGAUGGAAACGAAAUGAAAGUGAUCUCGCCGCGACAAUAUCAUUGCUCGAAAUGCCCUAAACAUUUUGUGCGCAAAGAAAGACUGGAAUUCCAUGAGAUGAGACAUAAUGAAAACAUGAACGAGUUUAUUUGCAGCACGUGUGGCAAAGAGUUCAGUGCAGAAAAUUCCUUGUACGAGCAUUAUCUCUUUGUACACAAAGGAGCUAGACCACAUAUCUGUGAGCAAUGUGGCAAGUCAUUUCAACUGAAGGCACGAUUGAAGGAACAUCAUCGCACACAUACAGGCGAGAGACCUUAUCAAUGUGACAUAUGUGGCCUGCGCUGCAUGACUACUAAUGCACUCAAACUCCACAAGAAAACUCAUUUCUCUAAUAAUCGCUACGUUUGCAACAUAUGCAACAAGUCCUUCAGCAAAAAGCAGAACAUGAACGAACAUUUAGAAAAGCACUGGAAAAAUGAUAAGAAUGUAUCGCUGCCGCAAUUGUUUACAUGUCUGGUAUGUGCAGAAGAUUUGCCGACCUAUCGUAUGUUGAAGUCUCACAUGAUGGAGACUCAUCAGAUCGACCGCCAAGAUCCCUUACUAACAAAGCAAAAACCGUGGUACGAAUGCAACGAAUGUCACGAGAAGUUCAAACAUCAAAUGUCGCUCAAGGCGCACAAAGAAAAGGUGCAUGAGGGUAAGGUCAGCCCGAUAUUCCAAUGCGACACGUGUAACGCUACUUUCAGGAUCAAACAACUGCUGAUAAAUCACAUCAAGAGCAAGCACGGUGGCGAGAAACGAUACAAAUGUGCACAAUGCGGCAAAGGAUUUAACGAUACUAAAUCCUUGUACAAUCACAUUUUACUACACACUGGUAGAAAACCCUAUACUUGUGAGUAUUGUAAUAUGAGUUUCAGGCGAAAAGAUUCCAGGGACCAUCAUCGCCGUAAGCACACAGGCGAACAGCCUUAUCAAUGCUCGGACUGUGGCCAAUCGUUCUCUACCUACAAUUAUCGAUCAAAGCAUCGCAAAAAGGAACAUGGAGAUGGUGAAAUUGAAUGCCCAGAGUGCGGAGAAAAAUGCAAUAGUCAACAAGAAAUCAGAAUUCAUCUGAAUAAGCAUCUCGGUGAAAAAUUAAACAAAUUAGAUUCUUAAUAUCACAAGUAAAAUUAAUUAUACAGGUAAUUAAAGUUUCUAAAUGAAAUUACAAAAUUGCAAAAAAUAAAAUAAUAUACAUACACAUACACACCAGUGCUAUAUAUCUUUACAGUAACAUUAUUAUAUAUUAUAGCGAUCAUUAUAUUAUAUAUUAUGUACACACAUUAGAUAGCACUUAUAGUCUUUUAAUCAUAAGUUAAUUAUUAAGUAAAUAAUUUUAUAUACAUACAUUCAUAUUAUCAUGAUUGAUUUUA